UGAAUUCCUUUGUCCUUGUGUGGCUUGGGGGCUAUUUUUUGAUAAUUUACCGCAAACGAGCGCUGGAGCUGAUAGCAGAGUUGUCAAAAUCAGUAUUUAUUCCAAAGCGAGACUCUGUAUAGUUUGAACUUUGUCGGAAAUUCCGGGUCAUUUUGCUCUAACUCGAAGCCAACCAGAGUCGGCGAUGGCCAAGAUAUCCCUGAUUAGGAGUUAUGAUUGAAAGAAUUUCAUGCGCAUUGUGGAAAUUUUUAUCUUGCAUAUCUGUAGAUUUUUACACUGACAAGGCGGACAAGGCCCACGGCCCACACAUUACUCACCUGAAAAACGGCCCCGUCGGGCGCCCUCUGACGGGAUGGCGACCGGCGCCGCGCCAGCCAGGAUCCAGACGUUCGUCUUCUUCGACCUGGAGGGGACGGGGCUGCCCAGCCAGCCGGCCGACUACCCGGUGCGCAUCAUGGAGCUCUCCCUGGUGGCUGUGCAGCGGCCGGCUGGCUGCGGCGCGGCGCAGCCCCGGCGCCCGGUGCCCAUCCCCGGGAAACUCGAGCACCUGCCUCCCAACGAGAGGGGCCGCGUGACGCCGAAGCGGCCAACCAGAGAGCAUGGACUUCUAUCCUGGCUUAUCAACCUAAUCUUGUAUGGAUUUCAAGCCUUCUACCGUCUGGCGGCCGCCGGCGCGGCGCGCGCCCGGCCCCGGCCGCGGGUGGUGGCCGGAUGUGCCACCCCGCCCGUCUCAGACGAUACCUCGGACGAAGACGACGACGACGACGACGCGCCGACGGAGCCGCUGCCGGUGCCGACGCCGCCGCGCGUGCGGAACUCGCUGCUGCUCGCCGUCAGUCCGCGGAAACAGAUCCCGGCGAUCGUCACCGAUAUUACCGAGCUCGACAACGAGACGCUGGAGGCGCACUCAGCGUUUGAUCGCGACCUGGCCGAAAUGCUGCGCGCUUACCUGCGCCGGCUGCCGGCACCCGUGUGCCUGGUGGCGCACAAUGGCUACCGAUACGACUUUCCGCUGCUCACAGCCGAGCUGCUGCAUGCCAAACAGACGUGGUUCGACUCGAGCGAGCUGCUGUGCGUGGAUUCGCUGGCGUUUUUCCGCGCCGUGGCCGCGGGCACCGACCGACCGGAGCCACCUCCCGCCCCGGGCGCGCCGACCGUGUACGCGCUCAACCCGACCACCCUCUCCUGCUGCCACGAGGCCGCCGACGACUCCUGCCUGGUCUGCAACCCGGGCAUGUGGGUGUCGUUCGACGAGUGCGAUCGCGCGAUCGGCGAGUUCGAGUUCACGUCGGUGGGCAGCCGGCGCGCCAUCCGCUGUCGCCACGCGGACGGUGCGCGAUGUGUUGUUUGUGACCACGUGCCGCGCUACCGGCGGCCGCCGCCGCGCGUACGGCGCCGGCUGUUCCCGGAACAGGGCGCCACGACUACUGCCGGCGGCGGCCCGAAGCCCUCCCUGGCGCUGCCCGACCUCUACGAGCGCCGGUUCGGCGUGCCGCCGGCACUGAGCCACAGCGCCGCGGACGACGUGGAGGCGCUGCUGCUCCUGUGUCAGUCACACGGCGAACGUUUCUUCGACUGGGCAGACCGCAACCGCAGUCCGCUGCGUGAAGUGAAGCCCAUGUGGACGCGCCGCGCCGCGCGCACACACCGCGUACUGCCCGUUUGGUGAGGUGCGUGAUCCCACACCCUCUCCACAGCCUGACUGAACUGGUUCGCUGAGUAUUUUACGGCGCUUCUCACCUGGAGCGAUGUAAUGUAAGUUUUAGGUUGCAUGAAGUUUCUAGAUAGUCGCGCGACGAAGUGGGCAUGCUUUUGAUGUAUUUGUGAGAUUUCACUUUGACGCUCCCUGACGACACGUGUCUAAAUUCAAUUCCAAACAGCUGUUUGCUGUUGUGAGUGAAAUGGCCAACAGCGGGGCAUUUCUAUUAUUGACCUGCAUACCCUUUAGGUUUAUGCAGUUGUUUAUAGCUACUUACACCUUUGUAAAAACUUUUUUAACUUUUCAAUUCGAUUUUCGUCCGUUUUGAGGCUGAUAUACUCUGUAAUGCAACUUGGUUGCAGCCAUGCUUUUAUCUCGCUUUCAUUGACUACAUUGUUUUACGCUUGAUGUUUCUUGUAAUUUUAGGCACACACCUGACAUUUCAGUUGGUAUCGGUAUUUACCAUUGAUAGGAUGACUCGCAUUGGUUUCAUAUCGCGCUUGUAUGAAAUACGGACUUGUGAAAGGGUGGUUCCCACUGCCUAAUAAAGGCUGUGUGUAGUUGCUUGACAGCAAUCAGCUGUGAUUCCGACCGACCCGGUUGGUAGUGGUGGCCUUGUCUGACACGUAAUGUAUGAUGUUGAGAUGUGACCGUAAAUAAACGAUGAGUUAUUAUGA